AUGCCGCUGCUGCCACCCCCCAGGCCACCGCUUCCCCACUUCUCCUGGCACGGUAUGCCGGCCCAGGAUUCACCAACAGCCCCAUGCCUGAGGCACUGCCUCUGCCCACCGCAAGCCUCCUCAUGCUGGACGGCCUGCGUCGGCAGCUCGUGCUGUGAGCCACCUUCCUCAUCGUGCGCUCCCCCUGCCCCUCUGGCACAUCCCCCAUACUGGGAUGACGCCACCCCCUUGCCCCCCCAUCAGUGGAACGUUCCUUUCUGCCGGGCAGGAUCCGCAUACUAUUUCUCUCUCUCGGAUAUUUGCUUAGCCUCCCCUUCAGCACUCCAACCGCUGAGAAAGCAUGGCCGUUCGGGCGUGUUUAAAUUGCCUGGCCAAUGCCCACCCUCUUCGGAGUCGUUACCCCCUACCCCCCCGUGUGGAGACCCGGUUGCCCUCGGGCAGCACCACCCACACACCUUGUCUCUCUCUCCCACCACCUCCCUGCGAUUGUGUCGCUGGCAGUGA